AUGGUCCGCCUUCAAUUCGAACAAACUCACCAUGGAACGUCUCAGAAAUCGAAAAUAGGUCUCUGGUACAUGAUCUACUCUCCGGGCGGAAUGCCACUCCAAAAUUCAGAAACGCGGUUGCAGGUAGAUGCCUCGGUCGCCGUCGUCAACCAGCUUCUUUUGGAUCUCGAAUUUCAGCUCGCAUCUCUUGAAAAGCUGAGUGAAACUCACUGCACUCUGCUGAAAAACAUAGAAGAGCGACCUGAUUUAGAUAAAUAUCAGGACGAGCUAGUUUCCGUGCGUUCGUCGUGGAAGGAUGGUCUUGCUCGUUGCGCCGACAUUGCUUAUUGUAUUGAAGCUGCUCUAUCAGCCCUACAAAAGUCGACAGAAGUUGCCGUUCUUAGUGCUCCCCUGUUUUUUCCAAGUUCUGCAACCCACAAAUCCGAAGAUCUGUCAGCCAUAGAUCGUGCUGCGUCUAUGAUCAACUCAUUUGAAGUCUCUCUUGUUGACUUGAGGCAAAGGCAAAGUGACCUUGUCGCAAGUUGGAACCAGGAUGAAUCUGAACAUAUAAAGAACGUUAAACUGUUGGUUCAGAUCGCCUUUCCUACCAUCCGUUUACCUUACUACCCUGCUUACUGUGACAGCAGUGGUCUGUCCGAAAUGCUCGCGACUGAUCCUUGUGCUCAGCUGCGCCAACAAGUCCAAGACCUCUAUGUCCUUCGUGAUACUUACCUUUCCAGCAGUCUUGAUGGUAACCUCUUCUCUGGGAAGGAGUCGGACCUUGUCAGCAUCCUUCAACCAUCGCAAAACGUCGAUCUGCAGGAGCAUCUAACCGGUCUGAUUCGUCAGGUUGCCCAAGCGUUCAACUCCAAGCCUGCACUUAUUCAGGAGCGGUUAGAUGAGGUUCUCCGCGCUGCUGAUCAGUGCGAAUCCAGUCUAACAGCCUCCCCUUCAUCUUCUGAUAUGGCUCAGCUAUAUUAUCUGCGAGGAAGGGCUUUCAAUGUUCUUUCUGCAGAGGAGACUCCAACCGGCCAAUCACAGGCCAAGUCCUGCCUACUCAAAUCUCUUAAGCUCGAUCCCAACCUGAGUGAUGCCUGGUGCGAGCUCGCUGAAGUUAGUUGGAUGGAAGGAGACCCAGAGAGCGCCAUUGCGCCAUUACGAUCUGCUCUGAAACAUAAUGUGAGUGAGCUCUCGAUUUAG